UCCCAUCUUUUAAAUAGAUAAAUUAGCACUUUGUAAUGGCGGAAGACCCCCAGCAAAGGUGGAAGAUAUUCGUGAACUCGGCAAUGUUUGCUAGCCGCCAGUCGAGCCUGCACAAUGAAUUCCGCCAUUUUGAUUUUCCUCAGUCAUUCAUGAUACUCAACUUUUCGUUGAUGAGUGUAUCAAAGAGUGAUAUAAAUAAUGCUGCAGCACAGUACAUCACUUGAACACAACUAUGGACAACUUGCCAAACCACUACAUGUACAACAGGUUGAACAAGCCUUAAGAUUGGAACCAUUUUUGAAUUAUGUAGAAGACAUAAUAAAUAAACCACCUGCAAAUAGUGAGUAUGAUAGUACAGAUAGUGACUAUGAUGUUCUACAACCCAUGGUUAAAGAUAAUGAGGGUAGCAAGAUAUUAAAUGGUGUUACAAUUACAAAAGCAGAAAGAAAAGCAGACAAAACAAGGUUAUACAACUUCAGUAAGGUUAAGAAGUCAAGAAGAUGGCUAAGGAACAUACUGUUAAGCGAUAGUUCAUCUGAUGAAGAUGAGGAGAAGGCAAUUACUAAUGAAGAUUUACAAACCAUGCUUAAAAUCCACAAAUACCAGAGGAAACACCAGAUGCUUUUUUACCAAGAUAAUGAGCACCAUCAACACCAGUAUUACAGUACAGGUCUCCUAUCUAACUAUGACAAGUACCAUGAUCAUCAAAAACAUUUCCUGGGACCAAAGAAAAAGAUUGCUAAAGAACAAAGAAAGCAGGAGAAAAAAUUGAAAGUCAAACUUAAAAAACUGAAGAAAGAAAGACUGUCACCAGAUUCAAGUCAAGAAGAUGAAAUAGAUCCAUCUAUAUUAGAAGCAAUAUUAGCUCAUCGUAGAAAUGAAGCCAGAGGAGAUAAAAAGCUGUCACCAGAACAGGCUGAUAUUAAAAGAAAGAAAUUAUGGAUUACCAUUGCUAAAAAAGAAAUACCAAAGGCACAAAAACAAAAGGUAGCCGCAAGGAAAGAAGUGUUACAGACAUUGAAGAAGGUAUCACAGCAGUGUAUGAGAGAAGUGAGGAAGGCUGCCAUUCAAUCACAGAAAACAAUGAAGGAACAGCAGUCAAGGGCUAGGAGAAUGACUAGAGAAAUGGUCACUUAUUGGAAAAGAUUUGAAAAAGUUGAGAAAGAACACAGAAAGAGGGCAGAGAAAGAAGCAUUAGAACAAAGAAAGAUGGAUCUAGAAUUGCGGGAGGCCAGGAGACAACAGAGAAAGUUAAACUUUUUAAUUACCCAGACAGAACUGUAUGCUCACUUUAUGGCUAAGAAAAUGACAGGUGAAUCAGAGGAGAGACAGAAUGAAAUAUUACAUCAGCUGGAUGAAACCAAACCAGCAGGACAAGUCACAGUCAGUGGUGGUGUCCUUACCGAUUCUGCAUGUGAUGAUUAUGAUAGUGAUCGUAUGAAAGAUGUAGCUUUAAGAAAUGCUGAGGAUGCUUAUACAAAACAUCAAGCAAAGAAUUCCAUGUUUAGGCCAGAAUCAGUAACUGCUAGCAUGGAGUCCUCCUUUGCAAACCCUUCUAUCAGUACUGAUGCAGACCGUCCACAACCAAGUAUAUUUGAAGGCACUUUGAAGCCUUAUCAAUUAAAGGGUAUGAAUUGGCUUGCAAACCUGUAUGACCAAGGUAUCAAUGGAAUCCUUGCAGAUGAGAUGGGUCUGGGUAAAACUGUACAGAGUAUAGCAUUACUUGGUCAUCUUGCUGAGAAUCAAGGCAUCUGGGGGCCAUUUCUUGUGAUUGCACCAGCUUCUACAUUGCAUAACUGGCAACAGGAAGUGUCCAGAUUCUUUCCUAGAUUUAAGGUUGUACCGUAUUGGGGAAACUCUCAAGACAGAAGAGUUUUACGUAAAUUUUGGGAUUCACAGAAUUUGCAUCAAGAAGAAGCAUCAUUCCAUGUUGUGAUAACAAGUUACCAGCUCGUCAUCCAAGACGUGAAAUAUUUUCAGAGAAUAAAGUGGCAGUACAUGAUACUUGAUGAAGCUCAGGCUAUUAAAAGUAGUAGCAGUGUACGAUGGAAAAUUUUACUUGGUUUUAACUGCAGAAACAGACUUCUUUUGACUGGAACUCCUAUUCAAAACAGUAUGGCAGAGUUGUGGGCAUUGUUACAUUUCAUCAUGCCAACAAUGUUUGAUUCACAUGAAGAAUUUAAUGAAUGGUUUUCUAAAGAUAUAGAAAGUCAUGCAGAAAAACAAUCUGGGAUAGACGAAAACCAGUUAUCAAGAUUAAGGAUGAUUCUACAACCAUUUAUGUUGAGGAGAGUAAAGAAAGAUGUUGAAAAUGAACUUUCAGACAAGAUUGAGAUUCUGGUAUAUUGUCCACUGACCACCAGACAGAAGAUGCUAUACCAGGGAAUAAAGAACAAAAUUUCCAUAGAAGAUCUCCUCAGUAGUUCAUCCUCUUCUUCAUCUGCUCAAAACUCUGCUAGCAGUCUCAUGAAUAUUGUUAUGCAGUUCAGAAAGGUUUGCAAUCAUUCAGAGUUGUUUGAGAGAAGAGAAGUAAAGUCACCAUUUUUUAUGAAGAGAGAACCAUUUACAAUACCAAAACUAGUGUACAGAAAUUGUGUGCAAGACUUGAAUGUGUCCAGUAAACAAAAGAUACUGUACAAUAUGUUUUAUGUGUUUUCUCCUGAAAAUAUCCACCAGUCCAUGUGUUCAGAGUGUUCAAGUACCGGUGUAAAUAGUUUGUUUUCCUUCACAAAAUUUAUAGACAUAUCACCUAAAGAACUCCAUAAUUAUAUGUUUGGAGGUUUACUUGUCAGGUGGUUAGGAAUUUUUCUAAUGAUGAAAAUGGCAUACAGCAUACAUCACCAUAGAACAUGGCAUAGUGAAGAUACAAGUAAAUAUUUAAAUAGAAGAAGUUUUCUACUGUACACAGAUAAUCCAUUGUCUUUCACAAAUGUACAUAAUAGUCCAGUGCUCAGUGAACUUGUAUUCACAAAUUACACAUCUACUUUAUUUGGAUAUGAGAAUCAUACCUUACAUUGUAUGAAGGAAACUCAGGAACAUUGUAAAUUACGACACAGAAACCAGAAGAAGAAAAGUCCAUUUAGUCCUCCACAUUCACCUACAAAGAGUCCCAGUCAUCAUCCACUGCCUCAUGAAAUUCCACACCAUCAUAAAUACAGACCACCAAGAGUUCUGAAAUGUCAACCUACAGAGCUACCACCAUACAUGUACUACACAAUGCCAAAGGUCAAUGUAAAUGCUACUAGCUGGGAAUGUCAUGACAGGUCAGCAGCGUGGCAGAUAAUGAAAGAGAAUCUGUGUGGAACAUUGGAAGCAAGACAGAGUUUGUUGUAUGGUACACCAGAAAUAUACACUGGGGUCCGUUGGUGGAACCCCUGGUACUUCUCAAAAGUCCAGCCUGGAGGUCUUCUUGGUGUUCGUCCUAAACAUGGAAUGUCAGGGGUACACUGUCCAGACAAAGAGAGUUUGGUAACUGAUGCUGGAAAGUUGUUUGUAUUGGAUACAUUGCUACAAAGACUGAAAUCUGAAGGACAUCGUGUACUUAUAUACUCACAGAUGACAAAAAUGAUUGAUCUCUUAGAGGAGUACAUGUGGCAUAGAAAGCAUAUCUAUAUUAGAUUGGAUGGUUCAUCAAAGAUAUCAGAGAGGCGAGACAUGGUAGCUGAUUUCCAGUCUAGGAAUGAUAUAUUUGUGUUCUUAUUAAGUACAAGAGCUGGUGGAUUGGGAAUUAAUCUCACUGCUGCUGAUACUGUGAUAUUUUAUGAUAGUGAUUGGAACCCAACCGUGGAUCAACAAGCUAUGGACAGAGCCCACAGAUUAGGUCAGACCAAACAAGUUACAGUAUAUAGACUAAUCUGUAAAGGGACCAUUGAAGAGAGAAUUCUUCAAAGGGCCAAAGAAAAAAGUGAGAUUCAGAGAAUGGUUAUUAGUGGAGGAACUUAUAGACCAGAUGUACUCAAGCCAAAGGAAGUUGUCUCCCUUCUUAUCGAUGAUGAGGAAAUGGAACGAAAAAUAUUACAAAAGACAGAUGAAAAGGGACCAUCAAAAGAUGAAGGAGGCAAGGAGAAAGAAAAGAAAAGAAAGAGAGAAUAUGUCAGGAAAAAGGAUUCCAAAAAGGCAAAACAAGAUGAGAAUGUAACAAUUCCAGCAGAUACAGAGUCAAUGACUAGUUUUGAUUCUAUGUCUGUCCCAGCCAGCCCUCAGAGUGUUAUAUCAUACGGCAGCGAGUUCACUCAGCAAUCUGGAUUUGGUGUAGAUGAUAGCAGUAAUGAUGCUUUAGUCAUUGUUGAUGACCCACUAUUGGGAGGAUCAACUCAAGCUUUGACCCCACCAACUAAAAGAGGAAAGAGAGGUCGUCCAAAAGGUUCUACAGGAUCACGGAGGCCUAGGGGUAGAGGACUGAAGAAAGCUUUAAGUGCUGCUGAAAUUGCAGGUGCCCAGGCAGGUUUAACAGCGGCAUAUGCUGCUUAUGGAUAUAAUUUCACAGGUACUGGUAGUUCUCCAAGCAGUAAAAGCAAUAGUUCAUUCAUGAUUGGUGAUUCUCCAAAAAAUACAAACUCACCACAAGAUUCAAAGAAACAAUAGGACUACAUUUUAUGUGUGCACAAAUUGUUGAUGCAUUUUAAUGAUUGCAUGUGAUGCAAAUUUAAGUUGUUAGUUAAGAAGCAUGCAUGUCAUUGCCUAAUGCAUUUAUUUGAGUAAAUUUAAGUUUUACUGUCUUUACAUCUCACCUUGUGUAAGUGAUUUCUGUCAUUCAAAUAUUCCAAAUGUUGGAAUAUUAAAUUGUUCAUCAGUUUUUCAAUUAUUUCAAGUCAUCCAAUAAAACAUGAAAAUUUUAUAAGUCCUUCUAUGUGUAUUAUUCUAGACUUUAAACAUCACUUUGAAUGUACCUUUCUCAUUUAAAUUAAGACUCUUUUAAAACAAACUUUUUGUUAAAUGACAAAUAAUUUGCUUUUACCACUUCUACAACUUUGAGAACAAUUAUUUAAAAGAAUUUACAUCAAGUUUUUUCAUUGUUUAUUUUACCCAUUGUUGUAAUACCCAAUUUAAGAAAAAACUUGCCAAGGAGUAAUCUCCCUUUGCCAUUGAAAAUUCACAGAUAAUCCCUUUUGAUUUCCCUGAAAUACAGGAAUCAAUGUUCUAAAGUAGCUUGAUUUAAUUAAUUCUGACUUAGCUAAUUUGAUUUAAUGGCCAAGGCUUAUUGCAUAAAGUUAGGUUAAAGGUCAGUAAGUUAAUAUGUUUAUGCUGAAGUCGUUAAAAAUAUUAAUAAAAGAAGAUGUGCAUGUUUGGGAAUAAUUACCAAAGAAGUCUAUAGAUCUUGUUGCAUUAUAUUGAAUCUGUAAUAGGAAUACCUAUAUAAUUACUAUAUAUUGAUUAAAGCAUGUAACAUUUACAUGAAUUUUACCUAACAUUGCUUCUUAUUUAUACAAUAUAUUUGGUAAUAGAUUGUUAUGUUUAAGUGAUGGCAUAUUUUUUUGUAAAAAAUGUUGGAAACAAUUACAAAAUCAUGGGAAAAAAAUAAAAAUAUUGAAACAAGA